GAUAACAGUUGGAAAAAAAACCCUAGCUUCCUCUUCUCUUGCAUACCGCCCUCAUCUUCCGGGAUCUUCUCUCAAGUCCUUGAAGAAAAGGUGAAUUUUUAAUCCAAGCGCUAAUUUCCAUCUCUAGAUUCGUUUUCUUUGAGCGAUUUUCGACAGAUAGGUAGAUUACUGCUUCCCGUGUUUGCAACUAUCCUUUUGCAAUGGCAGACGGUCAUGAAACUGAUAAGAACAUUGAGAUGUGGAAGAUCAAAAAACUGAUCAAGGCCCUUGAAGCUGCAAGGGGAAAUGGCACCAGCAUGAUCUCUCUAAUCAUGCCUCCUCGUGACCAGAUUUCUAGAGUAACUAAAAUGCUUGGUGAUGAGUUCGGGACUGCUUCGAACAUCAAGAGCAGGGUUAACCGGCAGUCUGUUUUGGGUGCCAUUACCUCUGCUCAGCAGAGGCUAAAACUUUAUAACAAGGUUCCUCCGAAUGGAUUGGUGUUGUACACUGGAACCAUUGUUACGGAAGAUGGGAAAGAAAAGAAGGUUACGAUCGACUUUGAGCCUUUUAAACCUAUUAACGCAUCGCUGUACCUUUGUGACAAUAAGUUCCACACUGAGGCUUUGAAUGAACUUUUAGAAUCUGAUGAUAAAUUCGGGUUCAUAGUCAUGGAUGGGAAUGGAACCCUGUUUGGAACUUUGAGUGGAAACACACGUGAGGUGCUCCACAAAUUUACCGUUGAUCUCCCAAAGAAGCAUGGAAGAGGAGGGCAGUCUGCUUUGCGAUUUGCCCGUCUGCGGAUGGAGAAGCGUCACAACUACGUGAGGAAGACAGCUGAGCUUGCCACCCAGUUCUUUAUCAAUCCUGCUACGAGUCAACCCAAUGUCGCAGGAUUAAUCUUGGCUGGUUCUGCUGACUUCAAGACGGAAUUGAGCCAGUCUGAUAUGUUUGAUCCCCGUCUUCAGGCCAAGAUACUGAACGUGGUUGAUGUGUCUUAUGGAGGAGAGAACGGCUUCAAUCAGGCCAUUGAACUAUCAUCUGAGAUUCUAUCGAAUGUAAAGUUCAUACAGGAAAAACGAUUGAUAGGCAAGUAUUUUGAGGAAAUAAGCCAAGAUACUGGGAAGUAUGUUUUUGGGGUGGAUGACACACUGAAGGCUCUAGAAAUGGGUGCAGUUGAGACACUGAUUGUGUGGGAGAAUCUGGAUAUAAACAGAUAUGUGUUAAAGAAUAGUGUUACUGGAGAAAUUGUUAUAAAGCACCUGAAUAAGGAUCAAGAAGCUGAUCAGAGCAAUUUCCGUGACCAGGCUUCUUCUGCUGAGUUAGAAGUCCAGGAGAAAAUAUCCCUGUUGGAAUGGUUUGCGAAUGAGUACAAGCGUUUCGGUUGUACCCUCGAGUUUGUGACCAACAAGUCUCAAGAGGGCUCUCAGUUCUGUAGGGGGUUUGGUGGCAUCGGUGGGAUCCUUCGUUAUCAGCUUGAUAUGAGGGCGUUUGAUGAGCUGUCUGAUGAUGGUGAAGUGUACGAAGAUUCUGAUUAGCAAUCAAUCAACUCUGACCUUAGCCGGUGCACGGAAGCUUGUGCCGGCUGUUCCCGCUCCGCGGGAGCUGCUCCAUCCAUGAUUGAGUCAUGCAUGCACGGUCUACCAAAAUUAAGGUUUUGCACCUUCCUCUUUAUUUAUUUUUUCCUUUGCAUUUGGUAAUUUACUUAUUAGUAGACUCAUCAGAACCAUAGAUCUAAUUCAUCUAUUUUGCAUUUGGCAUUUAUAAAUAUAUUCACACAUGCAUAAGUGAAAGGUGAGGACUUCCACCUGGGAAUUUCAUUGAUCAGAAAAAAAAAUGGAUUACAAAUUAAGAGGACAUAAAUCUGAUUUUCUUCAACUAUGUCCUUACAUCAUAUAAAGUCCGUGGACUCAAAAAAAGGAUAAGACUUAAUUUUCAGGCAAUUUAACUCUAUAGCACGAAUGGAAAUUUUCUUUGCUGUAUAGGAACUAAAUUCCAAGAGUUAGAUUAUCAUCUCAACCAUGGAUUUCAAGUCACAUGCUUUCCACCUGAAUUGAUCUAAUAUUCAUCUUAUGGCAAUAUCGGAUUCCAUGAAGAGUGGCAUGAAGUUACACUAUCGGCUUUGAGCAAUGACCAUUAGAAAGAAUGAGAGAGAGCAAAAAUAAAAUGACCAGCACCAACCACUCUGUGUCCAACGUUCAGCUUAAAACAUGCCUCUGCUGGAAGAGCUCACACAACCAGAGUCAACUAUCUUAUUGUCACUCCAUGAAUCUUGAUGUUCAUGGACUGCAGAGACAAGAUGUGAAUGAGAGAAAAAUCUGGAAUCCCCCUCCCUCUCUUCUUGAUGAUGAUUUGAAUCCACCCUAUAAUAUUUUUGUUUCCUUUCGAAGAACCUUCUGCUCUGUGCUUUCCUACUUUCCCAUCAUUUUAGAAAAGGAAGUAUUUCCCUUUACAGCAUUUAUCUUGUUCCACAUGGCUGCUAUAGAGUACCACAACCCAAUGGCUGAAAAGAAUGAGCUUCCUCAAAUUGAACAUUCGAUACUUGUGAGAAGCAUCUCCAUAUCUUAUUCACUACCUAUGAGCAAACAGAUGCUGAAAGCAUUCACAUUGGUCAUCAAUAGAACAGCAAUGACAUUUAGACGGCUUGAUGCAAUCCGACUACCUUUCUGUUCAAUCCUACCAUCCACUUGAACACAAUUCUUGAAGCAUUUCCCCAUUAAAAAAAAAAAAAAACAUCUUCAAAAGAACCCAGCCAUACCAAAUCCAGUUUAGUUUAGAGGAAAUUUUCCCCUAAUUUGUUGCCAAGCUUCCUACUCUGAAAACACCCCAUUCGCUGACAAUUUGUCAGGUGAGUUUUGCAAGAACAGUGUACUUCCCACAGCUUCUGUUUUAAAAGACUUGGAUCAUUUCUCAAGUUGUGCAUGUUUUCUAACAAUUGGUUUUGGAAAUUGCUUGGUUUCUAAUGUACUCUCUCUCUCUCUCUCUCUCUCUCUCUCUCUCCCUCCCUCUCCAUAAACAUCAGAUUUCCGUGGUUGGGCAGGAGUUUGUGCUGGGCAAGAGCUGCAUGUAUUUCACUAAAAAGACCAGAUCGCCCUUCACUAGCGGAUGCUACAAAGUUGCUUUUAUUUUGGUGUUGUCUUUGAUGUUGAUGAGAUGCGGACCCAGCAGCUACUUGCAUUGGUGUUGCAAAACCUUAUCUAAGUAGGUAUCUCAUGGUGUAUGAGUCUUUGCAUUGGAUAUUGCAAAACCUUCUAAGUAGGUAUCUCAUGGUGUAUGAGUCUUGCAUUGGAUAUUGCAAAACCUUAUCUAGCAGUUAUCUCAUGGGAUGAGUCUCAUGACUAUUGUUGAGUCUCGUGCUUGUUAUUGCAGAACUUCAUCUAGUAGUUUCCUCAUGGGAUAACUCUCAUGACUAUAUAAUAUACAUCUCUGACUGUAAAAGAUCA